CCGGCCCGUGAUGCAGCGCGGCCGCGGCCCCUGUGCAAGAUGGCGGCGGAGCGUCAGGGAGGCGGCGGCGGCCGCGGGGCCGGGGCGGAGGAGAACAAGGAGCACAAAGACGGCAAGGACAACAAGGAGAACGAGCGGCCGGCGGGGCCGCAGCCCGGCGGCCUCGGCGAUAGCCUGGGCCUGGAGAUCCUGCAGAUCGUGAAGGAGUCGCAGCAGCAGCACGGCCUGAGGCAUGGGGACUUCCAGAGGUACAGGGGUUAUUGCUCUCGCAGGCUGAGGCGGCUCCGCAAAACUCUCAACUUCAAGAUGGGCAACAGACAUAAGUUCACUGGGAAGAAAGUAACUGAAGAGAUUCUCUCAGACAACAGGUAUUUGCUGUUGAUCCUGAUGGAUGCAGAGAGGGCCUGGAGCUAUGCUAUGCAGCUGAAGCAGGAGGCCAACACGGAGCCCCGCAAGCGCUUCCAUUUGCUCUCGCGGCUGCGCAAGGCUGUGAAACACGCCGAGGAGCUGGAGAGGCUCUGUGAGAGCAACAGGGUGGAUGCCAAGACAAAGCUGGAAGCUCAGGCGUACAUGGCUUAUCUCACCGGCAUGCUUCGCUUCGAGCACCAGGAGUGGAAGGCAGCAAUGGAGGCUUUCAACAAAUGCAAGACCAUCUAUGAAAAGCUGGCCAAUGCUUUCACAGAAGAACAAGCUGUGCUGUACAACCAGCGUGUGGAGGAGAUCUCACCCAACAUCCGCUACUGUGCCUACAACAUUGGUGACCAGUCUGCCAUGAAUGAGUUGAUGCAGAUGAGACUGAGGUCUGGUGGCGCUGAAGGUCUUCUUGCAGAAAAACUGGAGGCACUGAUCACCCAGACUCGGGCAAAGCAGGCAGCCACGAUGAGUGAGGUGGAGUGGAGAGGGAGAACUGUCCCAGUGAAGAUUGACAAAGUGAGGAUCUUCCUGCUGGGGCUGGCUGACAAUGAGGCAGCAAUUGCUCAGGCAGAAAAUGAGGAGACAAAGGAACGUUUGUUUGAGUCUUUACUCAGUGAGUGCAGAGAUGCCAUUCAGGCAGUUCGGGAAGAAUUGAAACCUGACCAGAAGCAGCGAGAACACUCUCUGGAAAAUGAUUCUGGGAAGGUGUCCAACAUCCAGUACUUACACAGUUAUUUGACCUACAUCAAGCUGUCCACGGCCAUCAAGCGCAACGAGAGCAUGGCCAAGUCCCUGCAGAAGGCCCUGCUGCAGCAGCAGCGCUCUGACGAGGACGGCAAGCGCUCGCCGCGGCCACAGGACCUCAUCCGCCUCUACGACAUCAUCCUGCAGAACCUCGUGGAACUGACACAACUUCCUGGCCUAGAAGAGGACAAGAACUUCCAAAAGGAGAUUGGAUUGAAGACGCUUGUGUACAAAGCUUACAGGUGUUUCUUCAUUGCCCAGUCCUAUGUUCUGGUAAAGAAGUGGAGUGAAGCCCUUGUGCUGUACGAGAGGGUGCUGAAAUACGCCCGUGAGGUUCAGUCGGGAGCUGGAGCUCACAGGAAUAGCUUGAAGGAGCUGCCUGAUGUUCAGGAUCUCAUCACUCAAGUCAAUGCAGAGAAGUAUUCCUUGCAAGCAGCAGCUAUUUUAGAUGCAAAUGAUCCUCAUGAGACUGAGUCUCCAUCUCAGGUCAAGGAUGGCAAGCCUCUCUCAGAACGGUUUGAGACUUUCUGCCUGGAUCCUUCCCUGGUCAGCAAGCAAGUCAGCCUUGUGCACUUCCCACCAGGAUUCCAGCCCAUUCCAUGCAAACCCUUGUUCUUUGACCUGGCCCUUAACCAUGUUGCUUUCCCACCUCUGGAGGACAAGGUGGAGCAGAAGGCCAAGAGUGGUCUCACAGGAUAUAUAAAGGGCAUUUUUGGAUUCAAAAGUUAACCAGGACCCCCAGAGGAACAGAGGUUUUAUUCUGUAUUGAAGGAGAAGCUCCAAGAGGUUCUAGGACACAAAUACCUGCACCUGAAACCAAAAGAGGGAAGUUUUACCAUCUUCUCCUCAGUGUCCUGUGUUCAUGUCUGUGCACCCACAUUCUCUCCCAGUGUUUUAAAGACAAUUACUCAGAAACAAACAUACACUAUAAAUAGCUGAAAGUAACCUGGAGCACAGAGAAAUUCCUUUCUGCUUGGAGAAGUUUUGUGAUCAGUGACCUGUCCAGGGUUGGUACACAUCUGCUCACCAUGGACCAGGGCAUAGAUACAAUUUGAUUCCUGCCUCUGCCCCAUUAUUUGACAUUAUUUGGUUUUUUGUUCUAGAAAUUGGGGUGUAAUGGGGAAAUAGAGGCAGAAGUAGAUGCAGAACUAAACCAGCAAGGUGAGGCUUCCACACAAUGGCUGUGGAACAGUAGCCAAGGCAGCAACUUCUUCCCUUUGAACCCAGAAGUCUCUAUAUUUUUUAAGACUGUAACAUUCUGAAAUGACAAAAUAGAGCCUCUUUCCUUAUCAAUAAGGAUGGCAAACAUCAAAUGUUGAUGGUUACUCCUGCUGUGGUGGUAAAUUUAUACUCUGGGCCAAUAGCAUCCUUUAUUCAUACACACACUUCAUUAAAUACCUAAAUACAGUAUAGAACCUAUUCCUGAAAGUAUUUUCCUGGGAAAAUAGCUUCAUGGGUGGCUUUAGCAAUAGCUACUUGCUCUUCUUGGGAAGUUGGGUCUCUUGGUGUUUGUUUUGUCUCUGAUUUAAACCUUGCCUGAAAACAAGAUGAUCUUUUUCUGGAGUUCAUCUGUUGCAUUGUUUCUUGUCCCUGGUCAGUAGCUACACAUGAAAUGAGGGAUAAGGAACAGCAGACUAGUAGGUUUGUGAGUGAUAAUUCAUCUCUGUCGUGCCAGACAGCAUUUUUUAUAAAGCACCCUGGUGCCACGGGGAUGGGCACUUUCAAAGUGCAGAUAAUUUCAUAAUUAUGAUCAAUUCAGUAGGAGAAAAACCCACAGCACAUGGGCAGAACUGUUCCUAAAUAAAGCAUUUGGAAGAUUC